GUCGUAAACAGACUUAGUGACGGCUUUCUCACUUUACGACGACAGCAACUAUGGCGGCUGCCUCCGGUAGAUUUGAAAGUGCGAGGAGCAUUGAAGAGCGUAAAGAGCAGAGUCGGAUUGCCAGGGCUGAGGUGUUGCGCCAGGCUAAAGCCAAUUUUGAAAAAGAAGAAAGGCGUAAAGAACUUAAACGACUUCGAGGUGAGGACACAUGGAUGCUACCUGAUGUGAAUGAGCGAAUUGAACAGAUUUCACAGGAACACUCUGUGAAGAAAAAGAAGAAAAAAGACAAGCACUCAAAAAAAGUAAAGAAAGAGAAGAAAAAAAAGAGCAAGAAACAGAAGUAUGAGAAAAACAAUGAGUCAACUGAUAGUUCAUCAAGCUCUGAAGAUGAGUGGGUUGAGGCUGUUCCAUUCCAAACUCCUGGCAAGGAAAAGGCCUGGAAAGUGAAAGAUGAAAAGGCAGGAAAACAAGAAGACAACCAAGUUAUUCAGCAGAGGGAUGAGUGGAUGACUGUUGAUUUUAUGUCUGUUAAAACUGUGUCAUCAUCAUCACUCAAAGCUGAAAAGGAAACUAUAAGGAAAACAGAGCAAGAGAAAACCCAAGCACUUGAACAGUCCAGACUGCUGGAAAGAGAAUUGAAUCCAUUCUGGAAGGAUGGUGGGACAGGUCUUCCACCAGAAGACUGUAAUGUAUCAUCAGUUACUAAAGUUUCAGUGGUAGAAGACGGUGGUUUAAGCUGGCUAAGAAAGUCUUAUCAAAGAAUGAAAGAACAAGCUGAGAAACAACAUAGAAGUUUCGAAGAUAUUGUAGCUGAAAGAUAUGGGUCGAUGGAAAUAUUUCAGUCAAAAUUAGAAGACGCUGAAAAAACUGCAUCCACAAAAGAAGAUUGUAGACGAGAACGGUGGAGGAGACCAACGUAUUCAGAUAAAGCACAAGGUAGUCAAGAAAGUAGAAAAUCAGACUUGGUGAAAUAUAAUAAAACUUCAAGAGAUAGAUAUAGCACAACAGAUAUUGCAAACAGUUUCAAUAAAGAUAAGUUUAGUGGUGAUGCGAAAGAUAAUAGCUCUGGGUCUUCAGAAACGUGUAGAAAACAGUCUCAUCCAAGGCAAAAUCAAGAAUUUUCCUCUCUUGGAAAUCUGAGACCUAAAUUCUUAAGACCCUCUGAUGAUGAGGAACUGUCAUUUCAUUGCAAGGGCAGAAAUUUUGAACCACCUAGUUCAUCUUCAGCACCAGUCUCUCGGGAUUCUAUGCAUCGUGGUUUUCAGAAACCCACAGAGAACAGUGAGGAAAGUUUACCAUCAUGGAGCCGAUCUGAUGGGAGAGAAGGAAACAGCAAACAGUCAUAUCAAAAGCCAAGAGAUACCAGUUGCAGUGCUGAUGAUGGUCCUGUUUCAGAAGACGCGCGAGAAGAAUCACAGGAUGAAAGCUUGAGAGAUGACACUCUGAAAAAAGAACAUCUACAGGACACAAAGUCUUCAUUUGCUGGUCUGACCUGUUCAAACAGAAGUAGUACAGAGGAUGAGUCCAUCCAUAUCCUGAGUGUUGAUGAGAAGAACAAGUUGGGAGCCAAGAUUAUCAAGGCAGAAAUGAUGGGAAAUAUGGAAUUAGCUGAACAGCUUAAAGCCCAACUCGAAAAGGCAAAUAAAUUCAAAGAAUCUGUAACACAGACAUCAUCAAAAAAAUCUGGGGUAGAGAAGGAAGACCAGCAAGAAGUGAUCCUUGUCAGAACAGAUCAGUCUGGAAGAGUAUGGCCUGUGAACACACCAGGAAAACCUCUGGAACCUAAAGGAGGAAGAAGGAAGAGACAGAUGGCUUUAACUCAUGAGGAAAAAGAAAGGGUCAGAUACUUUCAUGAUGAUGAUAAUCUAAGCCUAAAUGAUUUAGUCAAGAAUGAAAAGAUGGGAACAGCAGAAAAUCAGAACAAACUUUUUAUGAGAAUGGCAUCUAAGUUUAUGGGAAAAACAGAUGGAGACUAUUAUACUCUGGAUGACAUGUUCGUCUCCAAAGCAGCUGAGAGAGAACGUUUUGGUGAAGAGGAAGAGAAUCAGAGGAAAAAAGCUAUUGCUGAGCACCAGAGUCUUGCUGCACAAAUGGAAAAGUGUCUGUAUUGUUUUGACAGCUCUCAGUUUCCCAAGCACCUUAUUGUUGCAAUAGGUGUUAAGGUUUAUUUAUGUUUACCCAACUGUCGGUCUCUUACUGAGGGGCACUGCCUGAUAGUCCCUUUGCAGCACCAUAGAGCAGCUACCUUAUUGGACGAAGACAUCUGGGAGGAAAUUCAGAUGUUCAGAAAAUCAUUGGUAAAGAUGUUUGAAGAUAAAGGUUUGGACUGCAUCUUUUUAGAAACUAAUAUGAACAUGAAGAAACAGUAUCAUAUGGUUUAUGAAUGCAUUCCUCUCCCAAAGGAAGUGGGUGAUAUGGCUCCUAUCUAUUUUAAGGUUUUGCCUUCAAGUCCUUUCAAGUCAAAAUUAUAGUCAUAACUCUAGAAAACUUACUGAAAUUCACAAGAGUCGAAGAUAAUACAUACAAACAGUACAAACUACAAUUGUUGAGACAAGAUAUUGCUGUAAGUUCUGGUAUUUAAUACCUCAUCAUGCUAUUUGUAAAAGGAAACUAAUAUUUCACCUUGACUUACGUUUUUGGACAAUGAAUGACUAGAGUUCUUAAUUGUGUCAUUAUAGUAUUCAGGCAGCUUUUACUAAAUAGCAUAUGUUUGAUGCUGACCUGAAUAUAAUAUAAUUUAUAGACUAAUAUAAAUGUAUAAAUGUAGAAUCAUAUAUGAAAUAUAACAUGUGCAAUGAAAAAAGAAGGUAAUGUUUUGUGAGGUAGUAUGGGAAUCUUGCAAAUGCAACAUUUAGGCAGUAUAAGAUGGUAAAGUUUAUUAACAUGGACUGUCAAUCCCAACAAUAGUGAGGUGGUGAAAACUUUACUUUCUUUCUCUAGAAAUUUUUAAAAACAAUCUAAUUAUUUGAUUUGAAGAAUGGUAUUAAAAAGAUAAUCCCAGACCCAUGCUAUUCUUAUGUUAAACAAAAUCAGUUGAGAAAGAGAUUAUUAUAUUUUUAUUCAAUCUUGUUUUUUAUUCCCUCAGUAGAGCCUUAGAUGAUUGUGACUAUAGGCAUUGAGGUAUAGGGCACAACAUAGAGCAGUCACUGUUGCUUAUGUUGGAUGACAGAAAUGUCAUCUCUUAGCAGAAUGGUGUGUCACUUUUCUACACUAAACCUUUUAUAUGCUCAUUAAAGAUACAUUUAUUUGGUUUGGCUUUGAUUUUAUAGUGACUGUGCUACAUUAUAGUGUCAAUACAAGUAACCUAUGCCUUUUAAGUAGGGAACAGCAGUAUAUCUGAUGUAUUUAAAUUGUGCUUAUUUAAAUGGUAAUUUCAUUUUCAAAUUUGCUUCCUUAAUAAAGAUACUGUACAAAAAUGAUUAUUUUAUACUUGUCACCCUAGUUUUUCUUUCUGUUAAAUAUUUCUUUACCGUAAUACAGUCAUACUGCUUAGCCUAGAAGGUCUCCUAAUUCCAUUUCUAUGUAUUUUUUCCCCUGCAUUGUUAUUACUUUUUUGUAUGUCUAGAAAUAGUUCAAGUACUUGGUUGCUAGCAUAUAAAUUACUCUCUGACAUUUGGAAGAAGAGCAGUAAAACAAAAUGAAUUUGUUUGAGUAGAUUUCUAUGAAUGGAUUAAGGAAUUUGUGAACUUUUCUGUUCACAAAUUAUGUUCAAUAUUAAAUUACUUGGUCUUACCGAUGGUUGUUUUUGUCAUGUAAAGUUGAGCUGAAAUUAAGUACAGGAGUUCAGAAUGAGUAAAACAGUAAUAUCUUGGCUAAAGAUAGGACUUUAAAAAAAUCAAGAACGUCCAAUUUUAAAUAACAGAAAUUGAAGCUUUAAUCCAUUCAAAAUAAUGACCUGCCAUGUAUAAUAUGCCCUGUAAUUAAUUCAUUGCAUUACUUUAAUUUUAAACUGU